AUGACGUGUCUAAACAAAGAAAUAAGAAAAAUAGGAGCUGCAAAAGGAACGCGAGAAAAAUUACGGCCCAGGAAGCCCACUUGCAGUGCGGGCGCGGAUGUGCAUUUCCCUUUUCAACCCACUUGCAGUGUCGACUGGGCUACCGCGGUAUUACCGCCGCCGCCGCCGCCGCCCUACGCCGGUUACCGAGGUCUUCGUCAGCCCCUUCGCCGGCGGCGAGCACCCUUUAGCAAACAAUUGGUGGCAAUUGGUUUGUUCCGUUUCGUGCUCCAUGAGACAUGCAGCUCACCUUCGUCGUCGCUCCCUCCGUCAAAGCUUUGCUCCACUACCUAUGGCAAAGAGUUGGAUAAAGUGACUGGUCAAAAGAGAUGGAAGGGUUCUCAAAUUAGCGCUGCUACCUCAGGUAUGGCAGAAUUAUCAAAACAGGCACUUGGCUCUACGGAGGAUUGUCUGCUCGAGUCUCUGAUGGGUUGCUUGGCAUCUCCCUCUUCUCUUGGAGCUGGCGGGAGGGGGCCCCACAUACAGGGAACUUGAGCUACCUGCCUGUUGAUUGAUAUCUUACUUCCACAGAAAGUUUGAGAAAGAGAGGAAGUCGAUUUGCGUUUUGCAUGGAAUCAUUCUUUACCGGGGGAACCAUUUCACAUUUGGUAUGUGCCUGUUUGGUGGAAUGCGUUAGCAUGUAUCUAAACUUGUGCGAUGGGAUUUAAACCUAUCAAUAAGCUACUUUAUCCAUUGUACCUAGAAGUAUCUUUGUACCUUACAUCUAAAAGUUUAGCAUCUUAGAUUCAAAUG